AUGAUAACGACCGGAACAACCGUCUCGGCUGCGACAGCAGUUAUCCAACGAAAUAUUCAACUUAUGCGUAUAACACUUGCUUUCACAGUUCUUUCAUUUAUUACUUUUUCAAUAAUACUUACGUCAAGUUAUUGGAUAAUUAUAACUUAUCCACCUGAUUUCUUUUCAAAAAGACAAAAUCUAUACAUUGUUAGAGCUACUUAUGGUAUCAUUUGGGAAUGUGUAGUCGGUCGACCAACACCAGAUGCCAUGUAUGAAAAUCAAUGUGAUUAUCAUCAAAAUCAAGUUCAGAAUGCAUCUUCAUCAACUGAACAAACUCUAGUAGGAAUGAUUCGUACAAUGCUUUCAUUUAGUGCUAUUCAUAUUCUUCUAUUAGUAAUUACAUUUAUUUGUGGUUUAUAUAGUAUUCGUGAAUAUCGAUAUACAUAUAAACGAUUGACAGGGAUGAUUUAUAUUGUUACUGCUGUUUCUCUUCUCGUUUGUAUUGAAGCAUUAAGUACUAUAUUUCGCCAUGCUAGUGCACAUUUACCCGAUAUUUAUCCACUUGGUACGAAGCAUACGUAUGGUGUUUGUUAUAUUCUAGCUUGGCUCAUUUUUGCUCAACUAAUUGCUUCAUCAUUUGUCUUUUUUGUUUGUAGUAAAAAACGAAAAGGUACAUUUGAUGAAGCAACAGAAGAAGAAGCUUUGGCUAAUCUACCUGUUGAUCUUGGUCGAUUUUAA